GUCCCCAUCGUCCAUCUCGGGACUCAAGUACUUAGCGACUUACGCACGGCAGCUCAAGCAUGCUCUCGCCCCUCGCGUGUUUUCACCGACAGCCAUCCGCAUCCUAACCGGCCUCGCAUCCUCAGCGUUUUACUCAGUCUGUGAUCGCCGAGCGGCGUGCCGAGUACCUUGCUGCAUACGGCCGGGUAUAAUUAUCCAAACAUCCGCCAUUUCUUACCCGCUCUUCCUCGCCGAUCACGUCUGUUUCCCUUUCUUCACCUGCGCAAGCCUCUCGGUGAUACGCAGUCCUCGUGUACUGACCGACGCCCAACACCUUAUAACGCACAGGCCGACCCCGCUCCUUGACGCCCAUACGGUACCUCUACUCGACGCAACUAAACCGACGCGAUGCAGGCGCCUCAACAGGGAUCGUCUACCGCUGGGCACCUCUCGAGGUUGAAUACCACAGUUGCUGGUCCGUCCAACUCAGUGCUUCCCACACCACCUGCUUCCGCGAGCUCUCCCCAUCACCGACCAGUAGCAGCUUUCCCUCAGUAUACGCCGCUAUCCCCUGGUCCGUCGACGCAGCCGACACAUUUCAAUGCAGCGCAGCAUCCACAUAUCCAAUCGCCGUCCUCGAGCUCUUUUCCGCGUUACAGAGUUCCUUUGGCGCAAUUCGGCGGAGGACCUCCUCCUCAAGUAUAUCCUCACCAAGGAUCCCCACAGCUGCAACCGCAACACUCGUCCGGCUCAACGUCACACCCACGAAGCCAAUCGCUGUCUAUGGCACAGCAACCUGGAGUGGCGUACCAGCGCGGACCAAUGUAUGGGCCUCAACAUCCUGGUUCGCAUGAUGGUAGCCGUGGUCCUGGAGUCGUCCAAAUGCAGUCACCCAGCCUCCCGCGUCACCACAGUCACGCCCUAGUCCAGCAAGGGCAGCCCGUCUCGCCAACCAGAGAACGUCCGGAGAGGCGCGACAGCACACAGUUCCAGGCACCCACACAAUCCGUGCAAUCACAUAGCGGGAACAUGGGUUCAGCAGCAGCGCAGCCUCGGCCUCCGUUCUCACCCAGCAUACCUCGAGCAUCGGAACACAACCGACACACGACGACAUCCCUCUCUGAGUCUGCCGCGAGUCCCGCAUCGCCGUCAGCGUCAGCCCAACCGUUCCAGCCUACAACUCCCGGUCCGGUUUCAGCAGAGCAGCAGAGACGUGCGCCUCCGCAGAACGAGCCAGAAACCCGGGUGGCUUACUCCAUCUCCCAAUGGGACCCACCGGAGCACGCGCGGCUGACGUUCAACUCGCUCGGGAAGCACUUCGCGGAGCUCGCGCACGCCGCGGAGGUGCAUCUCGCGCGCGAGCUCGCCCCCGUGAAGGCGUACGCGCUGCAGCUCGAGAAGGCGUAUGUGGCGGUCGCCGCGGAGCGGGAUACGCUGCGCGCCGAAAAGGCCAUGGCGCUCGCCGCGGCGGAGGCGGAGAGGCAGGCGGCGGGGGCUGCGCGCGCGGCGGUGGCGAAGGAGCAGGCGGCGGUGGCGGUGGCGUUCAAUGCGGCGAAGGACCUCGCGACCGCGUGCGCGAUGCUGCGCAACCAGCUGAACGCGGCGCAGACGGAGCUCCAGCAGGUGAAGGGGGAGAGGGAGAGUCUGCGGGAGGAGAACUGGCAGCUGAAGGAGGUGGUGGCGAAGCUCUCGCGGGAUGUGCAUUUGAGUGAGCGGGAGCGGAAGGAGAGCAACCCGACGAUGACGGGGGAUAUGCUACUGUCUAGUGCACUGGCAGAGGUCAGGGGUGAACACGACAGGCGAAUGCAGGUUGAGCAAGAGCUCACAGAGCUGAAGGCGAAGAUAAGCAAGCAGGCACUCCUUCAAACUUCGGGGACGAGUACAACGUGGCCCGAGAUGGUCUCUGCGCUGCCGAAACUGGCAGGCCUUUCCGAUCCGUUUUCUGGCCAACAGCUGGGAAGCGAGACAAGGCACGAGCACCCCGCGACAGAACGACAGCCGUCCCUGCCUUCAGCUAGUGUGACCUUCAUGGGGCUGGCGACACCACAGUCGCAAGCGGGGACCGUCGAGAUGGAGCCGGCCGCGCCAGAGAGGGACAUGUCGGAAGUCAUUGAUCUCACGAUGUCAGAUGGCGCCCCCAGCCCACCCGCUUCAACAGAUAGGAAGAGGCCGGCGAGUCCGUCGAUGUUGGACGAAAUGAAUGCUCUGAAGAGGAGGAGAACGGAAGAGCUCAUCGCCAGCGAACGACACUCUCAAGCUAGAGAUUCCUCGCCCGAACGCCCGCCCUCUUCGUCGAUGACCAUUCACGAGUUCGGCGCUGCGCCCCUGCUCAUGGGUCUCACCUCCACACCUGAAACUGCUCCUCCCGCGGAACGAGAUGCCGACCCCGAUCAAACGCUUGUUGACGAGAGGAAUGCCCACAUGGCAACAUCCGAUGCCGCUCCCUCAGAGUCGAAGCCGGAUUUGGAAGAGCUCCAAGGCGAGACUAAGCCAGACGUAACGUCUGGGCCGGGUGAUCAUACCGGUCAGCAAGGUGCCGGGCUGCAAGAACCGAUGCAUAUGGCAAUGCGGGAAGAGGAGGAAGAGGAGGAAGAGGAGGUCAAAGAAGAAGCCAAUGCGUCGCCACAGCUGGCUCCCUCCCCCAAACCUACACUAUCCGCUCAAAAUGAACCUCUACGAACGCCAACGCCAAAAGUAGAGUCACCGCGUUUGCCUUGUCCGCUUCCCCGUGGUACGGCGGGAUCGACUGCAGGCCGAGGCCGACCUAUGCCUCCAUUCAGGGUACAUUCGCUUCCCAACAAACCGACGGUGCCUACAAAGUCGAAUACACCUUUGCCUCCGAAGCCUUUCGUAUUCAAACCUUUGAAGUCGGAGGCCUCUUCACCUGUGCACCGCCCACCCCUCCGAAGGUCGCUCACCAUCUCGCACAUUCAUCUUGCGUACGACGAAGCUGGAUCGCGGUACACCUGCGUUAUGUGCAAGCGUCGGCACGAAAAAGACCGGACCUUCCGCGUCGCGUCCUUCUCGACCGACUCGUCUUGGGACACACUUGCUGGCCAUGUCGAGCGCGAGCACCCAAUGGGGUUCGAACGGCUUGUGAACAUGAGUCUCGAGCAGAUUGCGGAAGCGAACCUCCGGAAGAAGUAAUUCUCCUCCCUCACUUUCCCUCAGCGCAUGCACCUUAGUACGCGUGCAGCAUAUGCACGUUUGUCGUUUUCACCUUUAUGAGAUAUGUAGUUCGCACCGAAGCUCAAUAGAUCGAUCACGU